AAGUUUGGGAAGUAAAGGAAAGUAGAGAAACCAGAUUUGGAGAAUUUAUUUGGUAAAAGAUGGAAAAAGAGAGCAGUUCCCCUUGGGAAAUGGGGCUGCUGAGGACAUUCGACUCCAGUGAAUUCAUUAGCUGGGAGAAGAUCGGUUCAGGGGGAUUUGGACAAGUUUACAAAGUACGACAUAUUAACUGGAAAACAUGGCUAGCAAUCAAAUGUUCCCCGAGUCUUCAUGUAGAUGAGAAAGAGCGCAUGGAACUUUUGGAAGAAGCCAAGAAGAUGGAAAUGGCCAAGUUUCGCUACAUUUUGCCUGUUUAUGGCAUUUGCAGAGAACCUGUUGGAUUGGUCAUGGAAUACAUGGAAACUGGAUCGCUAGAGAAAUUACUAGCCUCGGAACCUUUACCAUGGGAACUUCGUUUUCGGAUCAUCCAUGAGACAGCAGUAGGCAUGAAUUUCCUGCACUGCAUGUCUCCACCACUCCUCCACUUGGAUCUCAAACCUGCAAACAUAUUGUUAGAUGCACAUUACCAUGUCAAGAUUUCAGAUUUUGGAUUAGCCAAAUGUAAUGGCCUGUCUCAUUCUCAGGAUCUCAGCAUUGAUGGACUUUUUGGUACAAUUGCUUACUUACCUCCAGAACGUAUAAAAGAGAAGAGCAGAUUCUUUGAUACCAAACAUGAUGUGUACAGUUUUGCCAUUGUUAUCUGGGGAGUACUCACACAGAAAAAACCCUUUGCAGAUGAGAAAAACAUUCUGCAUAUUAUGGUAAAAGUAGUAAAAGGCCAUCGCCUGGAGCUACCCCCCAUUUCCAAAUCUAGACCUCGUGCCUGUAAUAACUUGAUUAGACUCAUGCAGAAAUGCUGGCAGGAUGAUCCGCAAAGUCGGCCAAGUUUUCAAGAAAUUACUGCUGAAACUGAAGACCUAUGUGAAAAACCUGAUGAUGAAAUAAAAGAAACAGUCCAAGACCUGGAUAUAAAAAAUCCUCAGGAGCUAAAAACUGAGGCAAUGUCUAUCCCAUCUCAAUUUAAGGGUACAUCUACACCAACAUUUGAUAAAGACUACAGUCUUUCAGAGUUACUGUCCCAGUUAGAUUCUGGAAUUUCUCAAACUAUAAAACACUCAGAAGAGCUGAGCCGUAGUUCCUCUGAAUCUAAACUCGCAUCUUCUAGCAGUGGCAAAAGACUUUCUGGUGUAUCUUCGGUGGAUUCAGCCUUUUCUUCCAGAGGAUCCCUGUCUCUUUCUUUUGAACGAGAGAAUUCAACAAGUGAUAUUAGUACAACUGAUAUUCAGAAGAGAAAGCUUGCAGAAGCAAUCAUGUCUGGUGAUACUAGCAAGUUGAUGAAGAUCCUACAGCCCCAGGAUGUUGACCUGGUCCUAGAUGGGAAUUCCAGCCUCCUCCAUCUGGCAGUAGAAGCAGGCCAGGAGGAAUGUGUCAAGUGGCUCCUUCUGAAUAAUGCCAACCCCAAUCUCACAAACAGAAAGGGCUCAACCCCUCUUCAUGUGGCCAUAGAAAAGAGAGUCAAAAACGUUAUUGAACUCAUUCUGGCCAGGAAGAUAAAUGUCAAUGCCAAGGAUGAAGACCAGUGGACAGCUCUGCACUUUGCUGCCCAAAAUGGGGAUGAAUCCAGCCUCAGGCUCCUGUUAGAUAAGAAUGCUUCCUUUAAUGAGGUGGAUUUUGAGGGGAGGACUCCUAUGCACAUUGCCUGUCAGCAUGGGCAAGAGAACAUUGUUCGCAUCCUUCUGAGGAGGGGUGUUGAUGUGACUCUCCAAGGGAAGGAUGACUGGAUGCCUCUACACUAUGCUGCCUGGCAAGGUCACCUACCCAUUGUGAAGCUCCUCGCUAAACAACCAGGAGUGAGUGUGAAUGCACAGACCCUGGAUGGGAGGACCCCGUUACACCUGGCAGCCCAGCGAGGCCAUUACCGUGUGGCACGAAUUCUCAUUGACUUACAGUCAGAUGUCAACAUCCGGAAUAUGCUCUUGCAGACUCCCCUCCACAUUGCUGCAGAAACUGGGCACACAAGCACUUCAAGAUUGCUUCUCAACCGGGGAGCUGAGAAGGAAGCCAUGACAGCAGAAGGCUACACUGCCCUCCAUUUGGCUUCCCAAAAUGGACACCUUGCCACGGCUAAGUUGUUGAUGGAAGAAAAAGCUGAUAUCUUAGUUGGGGGCCCCCUUAACCAGACAGCCCUCCACCUGGCAGCUGCCAAUGGGCAUUCUGAAGUGGUGGAGGAACUCCUUACUCUAGACAACAUAAACCUGUUUGAUGAUGAAGGGCAUAGUGCAUUGCACUUGGCAGCCCGGGGCAGACAUGCAAAAACUGUGGAGAUCUUGUUAAAGCAUGGGGCACAUAUCAAUUUUCAAGGCCUUAAAUUUCAGACCAGUCAACAAUUGGUGGAACAACGUGGCAAUGAUCCAGUUGCUACAUUGUUACGUCGAAGUAAGACUUAGAUUGGUGUUUAGUGAGUCUUUGUCUUGUGUCUCGAUUUGUAGGGUGAGGAAUGGCCUUAUUUUGGGUUCUUACCACAUUCUUUUGUUAGUAGAACAAAAGAAUGUUAAAUUGCUACCCAGCUCUAAACAACUUGUCUCUGGAAUUCAGGUAUCACUGGCCAAGGAUGGAUAUAAGAAAAUGAGUGUUUAAGCCAUCAGCCCUGUAGUCACCAUUUUUUUUUUCUUUUUUUCCUUUGGGCAUGUAAUAUGUUACCAUGGAGAAGUUAGUGGAAUCUUAUCUGAAGUAACGUUGGUUGGAGUGUCUUUGGGCUCCUUACAUGUAAGCUGAUCAGUAUGCUAUGUGUGAGAGAUGAUGUACCUGUAUGAUCGUUCUUUUGGUUUCUACCAUGGUAUAUUUAUGAAACAUUGGUAACUAAGUUACAUACAACAUUAAGAUGUCUAUACUGAAAAGAUGAGUUCUCUGAUCACUCAGUGUAGACAUGGGGUGAGGGAGGAAUGACAGGUGAUUUGAUGUCAAACUGUAUAACUGUAAGACAAAAAAUUGGAUAUAUUGGAAUAAGCCUUUCGAUGGCUCCUGUUUGUUUUAGUUCUGGCAUACCAAUGUUCUAGCAAACUCUCUAAGAGAAUAAGUUGGGGGGGCAGCUGGGUGGCGCAGUGGAUAGAGCACUGGCCCUGGAGUCAGGGGGACCUGAGUUCAAAUCCGGCCUCAGACACUUGACAC